GCGUCACUAUUUUCCGGGUCGGCGUUCCUGAGUACAUGAGAAGACCAACUUCCCCGAGCAAUUUCAUUCAUCUUUAGUUUAGUGUUUGCUUUUCUUUUCUCUCCCGUCAACAUGCCUUUAAAGUUUGAACUUUGCCCCGGUAGGAUGAUCGGAGCCAAUUACCCGUGCUUCAUUAUUGCUGAAAUAGGGCAAAACCAUCAGGGGGACAUCGAGCUUGCUAAGAAAAUGAUCAAAAUGGCAAAGGACUGUGGUGCUGAUUGUGCCAAGUUCCAAAAAAGUGAGCUGGAGCACAAGUUUAACAAACGUGCAUUAGAUCGUCCAUACAAGGCCAAACACUCGUGGGGGGAUACCUAUGGAGAACACAAACGCCACCUGGAGUUCAACCAUGAGCAGUACAAGGAACUGCAGAAGUAUGCAAAGGAAGUGGGGAUCUUCUUCACUGCUUCAGGGAUGGAUGAGAUGGCGGUAGAAUUCCUUCACGAGCUAAAUGUGCCUUUCUUUAAAGUGGGCUCAGGAGACACCAACAACUUCCCUUACCUCGAGAAGACUGCCAAGAAAGGGCGUCCCAUGGUUGUGUCCAGUGGGAUGCAGUCUAUAGAGACGAUGCGGCGGGUGUACAAAACAGUGAAGGAGCACAAUGAAAAUUUUGCCAUCCUGCAGUGUACCAGUGCCUACCCCCUUGAGCCUGAGGAUGUCAACCUCAGAGUGAUCACAGAAUACCAGAAAGAAUUCCCUGAUAUUCCAAUUGGGUAUUCCGGCCACGAGUCUGGAAUCAGUAUUUCAGUGGCGGCUGUUGCUCUGGGAGCAAAGAUUGUAGAGCGUCACAUUACACUGGACAAGACCUGGAAAGGAAGUGACCACGCGGCAUCUCUGGUGGCUUCCGAGCUGGCUGAGCUGGUUCGUUCCAUCCGACUGGUGGAGAGGGCACUGGGAAGUGGGCUCAAGAAGAUGCUACCUUGUGAGAAGCCGUGUCACGACAAGCUGGGAAAGUCAGUUGUGGCCAAGGUGAAGAUCACCAAAGGAACCGUCAUCAGUCUAGACAUGUUGACGGUGAAGGUGGCAGAGCCCAUGGGCGUAGUGGCUGAGGACAUCUUCCAGCUGGUUGGCAAAGCUGUCACUGAGGAUGUCGGCAAAGACGAGAGCGUCACACCGGAGGUGGUGGACAGCUAUGGGAAGAAAGCCAAGUGCUGUGGAUAGACGUUGUGAGUAGACAUUUAAGAUGGGGAGAGAAGCACUUAAAUGGUGAGGACCCAAAUCAUGUGGGCAUAAAAUGGUGGGUAAUUUGCUUUAAGAUCAUUUUUGUAAUCAGGAUGAGGAGUUAAUUGUCCUCUGAGGUGGCACAAACCCGGGUUGGGUCCUUUCCUAGGGACAGUUAGACUGAAGAAAUAGCAAUCAACAACUGUGAUUAGAAGCCAGUGUUGCAAACUGUGGCGAAUGCUGCUCAUUAUCCUCAACAAGAUGCACUAAAUAGUCACAGGUUACAUUUCCAUUUUGUAUCAUCCAAUCGUUUUGUGCCUAAUAAAGAAGAUAUACGCAUA